AAAUGCUGCGAAAAAUCAGUUGACAAUUCAAAUCAAGAAAAGCUCAAAUCAGAAAAAGCCCUGUGCUGUGAAAAAUCAGUUGAUAAUUCAAAUCAAGAAAAGCUCUUGCUUGUUGCUGUAAACAUAUGUGCCUGCGAAAAAUCAGUUGAUAAUUCAAAUCAAGAAAAGCCACACACAUUUGAUAAUUCAAAUCAAGAAAAGCUCUUGCUUGUUGCUGACAUACCAACUAAAUUUAUUCUUGAUAAGAACAAAGAGCAAGUGGAACUUAGAGGCGCUGCAAAAAAUCAGUUGAUACUUCAAAUCAAGAAAAGCUCUUGCUUGUUGCUGUAA